GUCAAAGCGCAAGACCUCCUCCCGGUUGUAGAUGUAUCUCUCCAGGUAGCGCUGUGUCCCGUUGAAUGCGUAGCAUUCCUGCCGUACCUGGUACAGGUGAAUCCCAGCCGUGCUGACUCUUCUCCACCCAUUUCCAGUGCUAGAGGCCCACAGUUUCAGAGUCUCAUCUGCCUCCACUCAGCCUCAGUUCCUCUUCACUGUUCCUGUGCUCACAGUCAUCAAUUAUAGACCCUACAACAUGUGCCCUGAAGACAGAAUGUUCCAUAUCAGAGCUAUGAUGUUGAGAGCCCUCUCCUUGGCUUUCCUGCUGAGUCUCCGAGGAGCUGGGGCCAUCAAGGCGGACCAUGUGUCAACUUAUGCCGCGUUUGUACAGACCCAUAGACCAACAGGGGAGUUUAUGUUUGAAUUUGAUGAAGAUGAGCAGUUCUAUGUGGAUCUGGAUAAGAAGGAGACCGUCUGGCAUCUGGAGGAGUUUGGCCGAGCCUUUUCCUUUGAGGCUCAGGGCGGGCUGGCUAACAUUGCUAUAUUGAACAACAACUUGAAUAUCAUGAUCCAGCGUUCCAACCACACUCAGGCCGCCAGUGAUCCCCCUGAGGUGACCAUGUUUCCCAAGGAGCCUGUGGAGCUGGGCCAGCCGAACACCCUCAUCUGCCACAUUGACAAGUUCUUCCCACCAGUGCUCAAUGUUACGUGGCUGUGCAACGGGGAGCCAGUCACUGAGGGUGUCGCUGAGAGCCUCUUCCUGCCCAGAACAGAUUACAGCUUCCACAAAUUCCAUUACCUGACCUUUGUGCCCUCAGCAGAGGACUUCUAUGACUGCAGGGUGGAGCACUGGGGCUUGGACCAACCACUCCUCAAGCACUGGGAGGCCCAAGAGCCAAUCCAGAUGCCUGAGACAACGGAGACUGUGCUCUGUGCCCUGGGCCUGGUGCUCGGCCUAGUGGGCAUCAUCGUGGGCACCAUCCUCAUCUUAAAGGCUAUACGUUCUGGUCGUGACCCCCGGGCCCAGGGGCCCCUGUGAAAUACUGUAAAGGUGACAAAAUAUCUGAACAGAAGAGGACUUAGGAGAGAUCUGAACUCCAGCUGCCCUACAAACUCCAUCUCAGCUUUUCUUCUCACUUCAUGUGAAAACUACCCCAGUGGCUGACUGAAUUUCUGACCCUUCAAGCUCUGUCCUUAUCUGUUACCUCAAAGCAGUCAUUCCUUAGUAAAGUUUCCAACAAAUAGAAAUUAAUGAAUAAAUGUUGACACUUUGGUAGCACUAAUAUGGCGGUUAUCUUUUCAUUGAGCCUUUUAUCCUCUGGUCUCCUUUGAAGAACCCCUCACUGUCACCUUCCCGAGAAUACCCUAAGAACAAUAAAUACUUCAGUAUUUCAGAG